AUGGACGACGGCUUUGAGCGAACGCUCCUUGUGCUCGAGCAGUGCUUUGUGUAUGACGUGAACGGCAAGAAGACGAACCAGGGAUACCGGGCCAAGUCAUGGGACCUGGAGCAUUGGCUGUGGAUGGGGAUGCUCAAGGUGGUUGCGGUGGGUGACGCGGCGACGGUGCGGCUGGUGGAGGAGGACGGGUUGACGACGUUUGCCGAGGCGCCGGUGGUCGACGGCGCGGUCGAGCCGGCUAUCGACUCGUCGAGGUACUUUGUUCUCCGUAUUGUCGACGCUGCGUCGGGCAAGCACGCGUUCAUUGGCAUCGGAUUCCAGGACCGGAACCACGCGUUUGACUUUAACCUCACGCUCAACGAUCACAAGUCGUGGGUGGAGAACAAGAAGAAGAUCGCGACCGCUCCGCGCGAGCCGUCCAAGGACUACUCGCUCAAAGAGGGUCAGACGAUCAAGGUCUCGCUGCGCCACAAGCCGACAGCACGCCGCGGCGCGGCGGUGACGACCGGCGUGGCCGGCGGCCAGCGCGGCGCUGCAACGACCGCGUCCAGUGGUGGCGGCCUUGGCGCUCUACUCCCGCCGCCGCCGACUGGCGCAUCGUCGCGGAGACGAGGCUCGCGCGGGACAACGGCGACAGCGGCGGCUGCACCUGCUGCUGCACCAGCGGCUGCUGCACCUGCUACAGCCGAUGCGGCCGCCCCCGAUCCGUUUGCGGCUCUCGGCGCGCCGACGACCUCCGCAGGCGCCGCCGCCAUCGACUGGGGUGCGUUUGCCUCGCCGACGGCACCUGCACCAUCGACUGCGGACGCAUCCACUGGUGCCAAGGAUGCCGCCGAUCCGUGGGCCAUCUUCCAGUAA